AUGUCACUGAAAUUCGAAGCCAAUAAGACAUGUGCUGAGCGACAGGGGAAAUACAUCAAUAGCACUAACUUGUCUGCGCUCUGGAAGGAAUAUGGAGAGCUCUCGGGUGCAUCGGCAGUUGUCCUUCUCGCACACUCUAUUGGUGCCAUGAUGGCCACAAUCACUGCUGGAUCCUAUACAGGAACUGAAGGAUAUUCACUUGCAGGCCUGAUCACCUCCGGAAUCGGUACUGAGACGAGCCUCACCCAUAUUCGAAAGUUUUAUGAACUUCAUCGAGCCAGGCGUCAGCCAUGGGAACUUUGA